AUGGACGAGGGGGAGAGAAUUUCUUUCGAGGAGCGCUCAAAGGCUCUGCGAGUCGAAUUGAAAGUAUGGGAAAAGGAUUUUCAGAACAAUAAUGAAGGCCGCAAAGCCUCAAGAGAGGAUAUCAAAGCGAACCCGGAUAUCGCCUCGAAAUAUAAAGAAUUCAAUAGAGUACGCGACAUACUCUCUGGAAAGAUUUCGCACAUACCUCCACCGGCUCCUAAACCAACACCCCGAAAGAGAAGACAUGGAGAGGAUCAAGAUGAAACACCCCAAAAGCGUGCACAUAUCGAUAGAACACCCUCGAAGAAUACAAUAUUACCAUGGGAUGUUGACCCUUAUCAUUCGCCUUCCGUUAUGAGAAACCUAUUUGCUACACCUUCGAAGAAAACCGCAAUUGGACCAACACCACAGAAGGAUGGGCAGGUUCUAGGGUUGUUUGACUUGGAUCCAGACAGUGCCGCAGAUUCUCCUUCCACUGCUCCUGGGGUAUUUGGGAAAACAGCCGGCAUAGACGCAACUCCUCGAAAGCAUGGACAUGGAAUAACUCCAGUAAGCUCAAGAGCAAUCAUGCACAGCAAUACGCCCUCAUCGAGAAGGACCUUGUUGUUCAGUACGCCUUUGAAGAAUAAGAUUGCCAAUGCUCAAGGAUCAACAACACCUUCAUCAGUAUCAAAGCUACAUUUUAGUACACCAUCAUUUUUGAGAAGAGAUAGCCAACGAAUUAGAAUGCCGGCUCUCGAUGAAAAUGAAGAAGGCCCACCUGAUUCUCCAGAAAUUAUUCGAGGUCCUCGAAAACCAAUGAUCAAAAGUCUAAGCAGUAUGCUUGCUGGUCUCCGGAAGAUGGAAGAAGAUGCUGCAGAGGAUGAUUUAGAGGCUCUUCGUGAAAUGGAAGCCGAGACAUCCAACCCGUCCAAGCCCACAUCAAAACCAAAAUCAAACCCACAAUUGACUGCUCUACCAAUUAGCUCGACAAGCGCCUCGUCAUCAAAACCGCCGACCGAAGAGCCCCUUCCAGAAGACACAAUUCUGGUUAAAGAUAGUCAGCCACAAGAAUUACUGGGUGGUUUCGACGAUGAAGCUAUGUACGAUUCUGAGCCCGAAGAGGCGACAGAGGCACCCAAAAGAACAUACAAAAAGAGAGGUCAAAAGCGUACCACCCGUCGUGUAAAUCUCAAGCCAAAUCGUACCAAGCCCUCUGAGCCCAUGCCAUCUACAAAUUACCACAAUGUGUCAGAAAGCGAAGACGAACUCGCGCUUCCUCAUACUCGCCUCGAAACUAUACCCGAAACUCAACUCGAUGAUGAGUUCCCUCCACCUGACGAUGACGAAUUCCCACAUCCUGAUGAAUUUCCACUCGACGGUCGCAACUUCGAUUCUGAUUCCGCUUCCGAAUAUACGGCUUCAGAAGGAGGAACGCGGUACAGGAGACCCGAUCAAGAUAAGACGAAAAAGAAAAAUCUGGAGGCUAACAGGGAAGGGAAAGUCAAGAAGGCUGCCAGGAAGAUCAAAGCUACUGCAGGCAGUCUACAGAAUUACAAGAGGUUGAAGUUGAGGAAUAGUGGAGCGAAGGGGGGACCAGGGGUUGGUAGCAGAUUCAGGAGGAGAAAGUAA